AAAAAAUGAAAAUGUCGAGCUCAGUUGUAGCGUACAGCUUCCGCUAUUUCCCCCCUUUAAAGCAGCGCGCUCUAGCGUACUUCUCCGUUCAACGUCGCCUCCGCCGCCGUCCUCUCCGGUCGCCGUGCACUGCUCUCGUGACAACUUCAUUAAACGCCACUUCUUUCACGGGGAAUUCUUUGUUUCGUAGGAUGGAGAGAUUCUGGGCCGGAAGUAGCAUCGAUAAGAAUAAAGGCAUGGUGGCACAUUUGAAGGGUUACGGAGUCAUUCAGUCAAAUAAAGUGGCUGAAGUAAUGGAGACUGUCGACAGGGCAUUGUUUGUACCUGAUGGGUCCCCAGCCUAUGAGGAUAGUCCCAUGCAAAUAGGUUUCAAUGCCACCAUUUCUGCACCUCACAUGCAUGCUACAUGCCUUCAGUUGUUGGAGAAGAAUUUACUGCCUGGGAUGCAUGCUUUAGAUGUUGGUUCAGGAACUGGGUACUUGACCGCAUGCUUCGCACUUAUGGUUGGACCGCAAGGUCAUGCAAUCGGCGUGGAGCAUAUUCCAGAGUUGGUUGCAGUGUCCAUUAAGAAUGUUGAAAAAAGUGCAGCUGCUCCAUUGCUCAAAGAUGGAUCUCUUGCCUUGCAUGUUGGUGAUGGGAGAGAAGGGUGGCCGGAGUUUGCACCUUAUGACGCUAUUCAUGUUGGGGCAGCAUCACCAGAAAUUCCAAAACCACUUGUUGAUCAGUUGAAACCAGGGGGAAGGCUGGUUAUCCCGGUUGGGAACAUAUUUCAGGAACUCAAAGUUGUGGAUAAGAACGAGGAUGGUUCCGUGACUGUGCGUACUGAAACAUCUGUACGUUAUGUUCCUCUCACAAGUAGGGAAGCCCAGUUGCGAGGUUACUGACGCGGCACAGUUUGAUCAGGGCUGUUAACGAUAAGUUUCCAAGUUGCACUUCCCUCGAUGACCACAUUUGUACACAUAAAGGUCUCGACAUUGUAAAUGGUUUUUUGUUUAUGAUCUGUUAUGUACAAGACUAUACUGGGUUGAUUGUGAACAUGUGUCUGCCUGCAUCUGCUCGAUGACUGAAUGGAUUGGAGACCAUAAAAGAGCGAUUAUGAGAGGUCUUGAUCCGAUUUUAAAAAA